CGCGGACGUAGUUACUGGAAGUUGCCAUAUUGGUUUUGAGCCAGUAAAAAGAAAACGCCCAGUUUGUUCGCUUUCAGGCUUCGUUUGAGCAUCGCAUCCACAGUUUACUUACAAGUUCAGCACCAUGGUGAGAGGAAAUCUUACAGAAAGUCUUCCAGUGUCACUUGGCAACGCGUCAUGCUCGCGCUGCGGAGAGGGAUUUGGAGUGAAGGAACCAAUAGUGAACUCUGGCGGAGAAGUCUGGCAUACUAAAUGCUUUGUGUGUGCCCAGUGCUUUCAGCCAUUUCCUGAAGGCAUUUUCUAUGAAUUUGAAGGCAGGAAGUAUUGUGAGCAUGACUUUCAUGUCCUGUUCGCACCGUGCUGUGGAUCAUGCAACGAGUUCAUCAUCGGCCGCGUGAUCAAGGCGAUGAACAACAACUGGCAUCCGAACUGCUUCAAGUGCGAGCUGUGCUCGUCCGUGCUGUCCGACUCCGGCUUUGUGCGCAACGCGGGCCGAGCACUCUGCCACGAGUGCAACGACCGCGAGAAGGCUGCCGGCGCGGGCAAAUACGUGUGCCACAAGUGCCAUGCUAUCAUUGAGGAUGGGCAUAUCAAGUUCCACGCUGAGACCUACCACCCAUACCACUUUAACUGCAAGAACUGCGGGGUGGAGCUGGACGUCGAAGCGAGAGAGAAGGAAGGCGAGCUCUACUGCCUGCGAUGCCACGACAAGAUGGGCAUACCGAUCUGCGGCGCGUGUCGGCGACCGAUCGAGGACGCGCGCAUCAUAAACGCGCUCGGAAAACAGUGGCACGUCGAGCAUUUUGUGUGUGCGAAAUGUGAGAAGCCAUUCCUAGGGAGCCGGCAUUACGAGAAGAAAGGUUUGGCUUACUGUGAGAUACACUACCACCAACUGUUCGGCAAUGUGUGCUACGUCUGCAAUCAAGUGGUCACCGGAGAUGUUUUUCAGGCACUGAACAAAAGCUGGUGUGUGCAGCACUUCGCUUGCUCUCUUUGUGACAUUAAGAUGGGACCGAAGACCAAAUUCUACGAGUUGGACUUGAAGCCUGUAUGCAAGAAAUGCUACGAGAGAUUCCCUGGAGAGCUUAAACGCAGACUAGCCAAGGCAUUCAAAACCAGUCCUCGAAAAUGAGCCAUGGCUGCAUAAUGACCUUCAAUGCUCCAUUGUAUGUCAUAUUUAUUCCCGUACCAACGUAGUGAAGCUAUGUUUGAUAGUUUCAUUUAUAGUGCUUUUAAUAUCCCACAUAGUAGCAUGUAUAAAUGGACUAAACAUAGAAAGGCAAUGUUAUCAAUGAAUAGUCCACGUUUUGAGUGGUUUAGUUUUAAAAUUUGUGUCUACUCCACUUAAAUCAUGUUACAAAAUGUUGAUUUGGUAUGCAGUUGUUUUUGUAAGUUUCUGUUAGGUGCCGUUCUAUAUGGCUACUGUGUUGACCAUACUGAACAAUUUGACGCAAACAUGAUUUCUACGUUUAAUGCUGUAAAUUUAAGAUGGAAACACAAGGCCUGAUCAUGAUUUUGCGUAACUUUCAUUGUGAUGUGCGUCAUAGGAUUAUCAGCCAUAAAACUAAUAUGGUUUCUUUUGUUGUCAUACUGAGUGGUUGCCAUUUCUAUUCUAUUUUAAACUUAUAGCUCAUAUAAAUAAAACACACUAGAUUGCCAAGACGUGCAAAACAUCUAGAAGAAGAGAUAUAGACUAAUUAUGAUUACAUGUGCAAUUGUGUUAUCUACUUAUUAUCAUUAUUAUAGCAAUUUAUUUAUGGUUUAUCCAGCUUGAUACAUAGCAUAGAGGUUAAUUGACUAUGUAGACUGGUGUCCACGUGGUAGACACACGCAUGUUGCCACUGGAAAGUCAUAAGUUUUAUUGUUUAUAUGACUAACCCGAUGUGCCAUAUAUGCCUUAUACAAUAUGAGUAAGUUUUAUUAUGAAUAAAAAGUAGGCCAGUAUUAUUCUUACAUGGUAGUUUUUGGGACGUAGUCUGUAUGCGUCACAGGAUUGAUAUGUAACAAUAUUAAUGAAGCUUUUGCUACGUAGCAUUUCGAAUGUCAUAUUUAUGAGAACUAUUAAUAUUAAUAGUGUGUGGUUUUAUAUUUAUAACGCAAUAUCUGACAUUGUUUAUGUAUAUUUUCAUAAAAGAAUGUACGUAAAAACAGUAUUUAUUGUAGGUAGUUCUUAUAGUUGAGACAAUACUUAGUUAUAUCGAACUCAAUUAACAAAUAAAAAAUUGUGUGCUAACGAGA